UGUCCACCACCUCCACAACCUCAGUGUCCACCAUCUCUACAACGUCAGUGUCCACCACCUCCACAACGUCAGUGUCCGCCAUCUCUACAACGUCAGUGUCCACCACCUCCACAAUGUCAGUGUCCACCACCUCUACAACCUCAGUGUCCACCACCUCUACGUCAGUGUCCACCAUCUCUACAACUGUCCGCCAUCUCUACAACGUCAGUGUCCACCACCUCUACAACCUCAGUGUCCACCAUCUCUACAACGUCAGUGUCCGCCACCUCUACGUCAGUGUCCACCUCUACAACGUCAGUGUCCACCAUCUCUACAACGUCAGUGUCCAUCAUCUCUACGUCAGUGUCCACCACCUCUACAACCUCAGUGUCCGCCACCUCUACGUCAGUGUCCGCCAUCUCUACAACGUCAUGUCCGCCAUCUCUACAACGUCAGUGUCCACCAUCUCUACAACGUCAGUGUCCGCCACCUCUACGUCAGUGUCCACCAUCUCUACAACGUCAGUGUCCACCACCUCCACAACGUCAGUGUCCGCCACCUCUACGUCAGUGUCCGCCAUCUCUACAACGUCAGUGUCCACCAUCUCUACAACUGUCCGCCACCUCUACGUCAGUGUCCGCCAUCUCUACAACGUCAGUGUUCACCAUCUCUACAACCUCAGUGUCCACCAUCUCUACAACCUCAGUGUCCGCCACCUCUACGUCAGUGUCCGCCAUCUCUACAACGUCAGUGUCCACCAUCUCUACAACCUCAGUGUCCGCCACCUCUACAACCUCAGU